AUGGCAGGUGGACAUUCACCCCACAGACCCCUGCAGGACCCUCACUGUGAGGACAUUCACCCCACAGACCCCUGCAGGACCCUCACUGUCAGGACGUUCACCCCACAGACCCCUGCAGGACCCUCACUGUCAGGACGUUCACCCCACAGACCCCUGCAGGACCCUCACUGUCAGGACGUUCACCCUCACAGACUCCUGCAGGACUCUCACUGUCAGGACGUUCACCCUCACAGACUCCUGCAGGACUCUCACUGUCAGGACGUUCACCCCACAGACCCCUGCAGGACCCUCACUGUCAGGACACUCACCCUCACAGACCCCUGCAGGACCCUCACUGUCAGGACAUUCACCCUCACAGACCCCUGCAGGACCCUCACUGUCAGGACAUUCACCCCACAGACCCCUGCAGAACCCUCACUGUCAGGACGUUCACCCCACAGACCCCUGCAGGACUCUCACUGUCAGGACGUUCACCCCACAGACCCCUGCAGGACCCUCACUGUCAGGACGUUCAACCACAGACCCCUGCAGGACCCUCACUGUCAGGACGUUCACCCUCACAGACUCCUGCAGGACUCUCACUGUCAGGACGUUCACCCCACAGACCCCUGCAGGACCCUCACUGUCAGGACGUUCACCCCACAGACCCCUGCAGGACCCUCACUGUCAGGACGUUCACCCCACAGACCCCUGCAGGACCCUCACUGUCAGGACGUUCACCCCACAGACCCCUGCAGGACCCUCACUGUCAGGACGUUUACCCCACAGACCCCUGCAGGACCCUCACUGUCAGGACGUUCACCCACAGACCCCUGCAGGACCCUCACUGUCAGGACGUUCACCCCACAGACCUCUGCAGGACCUUCACUGUGAGGACGUUCACCCCACAGACCCCUGCAGGACCCUCACUGUGAGGACGUUCACCCCACAGACCCCUGCAGGACCCUCACUGUCAGGACGUUCACCCUCACAGACUCCUGCAG